AUGGCAUCAGCAACGCAGAACAGCCCUUUCCUGAAGCAACUGACCUCGAGCGACCGCCGCAAGCGCGACCAGGCAGUCGACAGCCUAAGAACAUACCUACGCGGGCGCACAAGGUUUGAGGAGGUCGAGCUGCUGAAGCUAUGGAAGGGGCUAUUCUACUGCAUGUGGAUGCAAGACAAGCCGCGGAACCAGCAACGGCUGGCGGUCGACCUUGCGGGCCUGGUCGAUGUUUUGUCUCACGAGGCUUUCAUUCCUUUCCUCGAUGCGUUCUGGAAAACAAUGGCGCGGGAGUGGAAGGGGAUUGAUGCGCUGCGAAUGGACAAGUUCCUGUUCCUCAUCCGGCAAUACCUAGCAGCUUCCUUCCGACAACUAGCUAAGCAACAGUGGGAAGGCGCGGAGAGAGUGGAGCAGUAUAUGGAUGUUCUCCGAGCGACGCCACUCAAUGCGAGGGAUCAUAAGAUACCGAAUGGCUUAAGAUAUCAUGUCAUUGAUAUCUAUGUCGAUGAGCUGGAUAAGGUGGAUGUGGAUCGGGAGGGUCACAUGCCACUGGAGCUGCUGCUGCGGCCGCUGAAGGCUUUGGGAAAGGAGAGUCCGACGAAGGCGGUACGGUUGAGGGUGAAGGAGACGCUGGAGGAUGAUGAGCGGUUGAGGAAUUGGAACAGCAAAGAGGACGGUGAGGAAGAGGAUCAUAAGCGACAAGACGGGCCUGAAACAGCCGGACAAGGAGCGGAUGAAGAUGGGGACGAGGAAUGGGGUGGCAUCGAUGAGUAG